CCUGGGAUGGCCACUAGCUGCGGAUCCUGACCCAGGAGCUCUCACCAUGGCCGGCCCCAGCCUCGCCUGCUGCCUGCUCGGCCUCCUGGCGCUGACCUCUGCCUGCUACAUCCAGAACUGUCCCCUGGGCGGCAAGAGGGCCGCGCUGGACCUCGAUGUGCGCAAGUGCCUCCCCUGCGGCCCCGGGGGCCAAGGGCGCUGCUUCGGGCCCAGCAUCUGCUGCGCCGACGCGCUGGGCUGCUUCGUGGGCACGGCCGAGGCGCUGCGCUGCCAGGAGGAGAACUACCUUCCGUCGCCCUGCCAGUCCGGCCAGAAGCCCUGCGGCAGCGGGGGGCGCUGCGCCGCCAACGGCGUCUGCUGCAACGAUGACGGCUGCCGCAUCGACCCUGCCUGCGACUCUGAGGCCGCCUUCGCCGAGCGCUGAGCCCGGACGGCCCGGCCGCCCCGGAGCACAGACUGCGGCCUGCCCCGGCCGCCGCACUCCGACCCCAGCAUCGCGAACCUGAAAUAAAGCAGAUUCCCUUCCA